AUGCCCGGAUUCUCAGAUCCCGCGGACCUCGUGGCCGCGGGGUGGAAGAAACGCAAACGAGACCAUGAUGAUUCCGCAAACUUGGCUCGGCCUUCAGCAUUCAUGCCAUUCCGUGUAGAUUGCACUGAUCACGAUAAAAAUUACAUGCUGCCCCUAUCUCGACAGCCAGCCGAGACUGGCGACCUCUCAUUUCGACCGCGCUGUUUACCUCGCAAGCGCCGACACGUUCAAACACCUUACCUCUCUCUUCCAUCCCACCAACAAUCCUCCUUCCUCUCACCCAAUAUCUACGCCUCGAAUCAGAGCGCCUACUCCCCACCCGUGUCCCCCAGGACUGUCCCUACCUCCUAUCCAUCUACUUCGCCCUCUGCGCUUCGUCCCUGCCACAUCUGCUACCGUCGUCCUACCACACGACAGGUCCUUGACGCAUACGCAGAUUGUGAUCUCUGCGGGGAACGUGCAUGCUUCAUCUGCCUCCGCCAAUGUGACUCUCCCGCCUGUCGUGGCACCAACAGGCAUCCAGGUGCUCCCGACGGAUCAAACAUCUACGGCUCUGAUGAAACACACGACUCAAAAGUCCAGGGUUCUCGACGAAAGAUCUGCUCCAGCUGUGCGGUGGAGGGAGUUACCGACAUUGGCACCGAAAUUGUCCAGUGCCUGGAUUGUGUCCGCGACCAUUCCGCAGCCUGGCCUACUAGCUCCGUGGGUGCUGGGUGGACAUUGGAUCCUAUGAACCUCGACCAAAUGAUGGGAUAA